GAAACUUGCUACAAAAUAAGAACCGAAAGCUAGCUAUGCUGAUCUAGGGUUUUAUCCAUUAUAUCUAUCCAUCCAUCCAUCUCCCGCUUUCUCUCUCGCUUUCCGUCCACCCUUCGUUCCUUCCAUUGACGCCAAGAUGAAUGUUGAAAAGCUACAGAAGAUGGCUGGUGCAGUUCGCACUGGUGGGAAGGGUAGUGUUAGAAGAAAGAAGAAGGCUGUGCAUAAAACGACUACAACAGAUGACAAAAGGCUACAAAGCACUUUGAAAAGAAUAGGAGUAAAUGCAAUACCAGCAAUUGAGGAAGUUAACAUUUUUAAGGAUGAGACAGUUAUUCAGUUCUUGAACCCUAAAGUUCAAGCCUCAAUUGCUGCCAACACUUGGGUUGUUAGUGGUUCUCCACAAACAAAGAAAUUGCAAGAUAUUCUACCUGGCAUUCUCAACCAAUUAGGACCUGAUAAUUUGGAUAAUUUGAGAAAAUUAGCAGAGCAGUUUCAGAAGCAGACACCAGGGGGUGGAGAAGGCACUGCUGCUGCAACAACACAAGAUGAUGAUGAUGAAGUUCCAGAGCUUGUUGCAGGAGAGACUUUUGAAGCUGCAGCUGAGGAAGAACAAAAAUCAUAGGACUUUUCAAGUGGACCAGAUUACCCUUUACAUUUCCAGUCUUUUGUGUUCCCCUUUUUUAUUUAUAAAGAAAAGAAUAGGAACAUGAAAGAUGAUUUGUCCUUUGUUUGCUUUUAGACUUGUCAUGCAACCAACGGUUUGCUGUUGAAAUUCUCUAUAUAUUUGCAGUUUGUAUUA